UCUGCGAGAGUCAUGUGCAAUAUGAGGAAUACGUGAAAGUUACGGUGGCACCGUUAUCAUAGAAUUACGCCCCCAGCAACCACUUUGCGACUGGUCGAUACCGCGAAAAGGGACAGGCGCUGCGUGUUGCGCGCCCCCAAGCUCGGUACCAAGUUCGCGUGUUCCUGCGCCUGCGCCCAUGAUGCUUCUACCGUCGGCGUUGUGAAUGCUUUCGGGACCUUUUUCACUAGUUGAUCACGCAGAGGGAGGGCGCGAGUGCGGUGUUUCGAGCGCGGGCGGCUACUGGAAACAUAUGGCUCUACUCUGAGGCAACAGUACGAGGUCCUCGUCCCGUGACUCGUUCAGAAGCAGUCGUUUCAUUGUCACAGCGAGUAUCCGUCAACGUUGAAGGCCAUCUAGUAUCGCUGGAACAGGUUUCUCGGUCGAAAUAUGUCGCUGCUUACCAAAGAUGAAGAAACUACAAGCGAAUCACUGCUCUCGAAGAAACGCCGCACAUUCAGAGGGAUCUACGAUGCCGUGCAGACUCGUCAUGUGCUGGCACUUAUGGGAUUCUUGGGCUUUGUCAAUGUGUAUGCACUAAGAGUGAACUUGAGUGUUGCCCUGGUUGCCAUGGUUAACCACACUGCAAUCCUUGCUAACAACACGCCUUCAUCAGGACAGGAAUGCAAGGCAUAUCCUGCAAAUAGUACCAAAGAGAAGGUGCAGGAUGGAACGUUUAUAUGGAAUGAAUAUGAGCAAGGGAUCAUACUGGGAGCAUUCUUCUAUGGCUACGUCAUCACCCAGAUUCCUGGAGGUCGUCUGGCCGAGCGGUUUGGAGCCAAAUGGCUCUAUGGGCUUGGUGUGCUUGUCACUGCCCUGCUUACUCUUCUGACUCCAGCUGCAGCCUCUUGGAACAUCUAUGCCUUUGUCACUCUCCGAGUCAUGAUGGGCCUUGGUGAGGGAGUGACCUUCCCCGCAAUGCAUGCCAUGAUAGCUCGGUGGCUGCCGAAGGAUGAGCGCAGUCUGCUGUCUACGAUUAUCUACUCGGGUGGCCAGAUUGGCACUGUGGUGGCCAUGCCUUUAUCUGGGCUACUCUGCGACUCAACCUUCCUUGGCGGCUGGCCUGCUGCUUUCUACGUCUUUGGUCUGAUUGGUGUAGUGUGGUUUGUGUUCUGGGCCUUCCUGGCGUACAACAGCCCUCAGGAGCACCCACGUAUCAGCGAUGAGGAACGCAUCUACAUUGAAACCAACCAGGGUGAAGAACAGGCUCGGGAGAAGUUGCCCAUCCCAUGGCGUGCCGUGCUGACUUCAGUGCCAUUUUGGGCACUGAUGGUGACUCACUUUGGCCAGAACUGGGGCUUCUACACGCUUCUAACUGAACUGCCCAGUUAUCUCAAGAACAUCUUGCACUUCGACAUCAGGAAGAAUGGGUACCUCUCAGCAGUGCCGUACCUCUUGGGGACAUUCUCCAGCUGGGGUGCGGGAUAUCUGGCUGACCACAUACGGCGAAAAGACCUGUUCACGACCAGCAUCAUUAGGAAGUUCUUCAAUUCUAUCUCAUUCUUUGGAACAGCCAUCUGCCUGUUUAUUGUGACCUUUGCGGGUUGUAACGGAUUCCUCAACGUAAUUCUUUUGACCAUUGGCAUGGGCCUCAAUGGCUUCUGUUUCUCAGGCUACAUGGUAACCCAUGUUGACAUGUCCUCGGACUUUGCAGGUACUCUGAUGGGAAUGACGAAUGCCUUUGCUAACUUCGCUGGCUUUCUGGCACCUCUCGCAGUUGGGAGCUUGACAAACAACAAUGAGACAAUCGCACAGUGGAGCAUCGUUUUCUACAUCGCUGCCGGCGUGUACGUCUUCACGGGCCUCGUCUUCCUACUCUUCGGCUCGGCUGAGCUGCAGCCUUGGGGGCUGUAUGCACAGACGUGUGGUGGCAACUUUGCGGGGCCUUUGGGAACUCUAGGGACAGGAAAUCUGUCGGCCGACACCCCUUACCAGGCCACGCACGACGACGGCACGCCGGAGAGUCCCAAGUCUGAUGAUGCUUUCCCCACUGAAGCAUAUUGAUGUGCUCGGUACUGCAGAUGAGGUGAUUGUGUCUGUCUCCAUCUCACCAUAACUUGGCAAGCAGGAAAAGGCUGCGUGCCAGAACCUCACAAUGUAGGUGGAACAAAGGCCUUCACAUUUUGAUGUAGCUCGCAAAACCUUGAAUGUUUUUUAAAGAGAGAGCUAACAUGCAUUAAAGCAUUUUUGCUUUUAGCUGCCGUCAAGCUAAUGUGCUUCUAUAAAAUGCUUGAUUUAAGGUAUCCUGGGUUAGAUAUCUUCGAGCCGCAAGCUUAAUAUUUUAAGAUACCAAGGUUGAGCAUAUGACUGCCUGGCUCAAGGGACAGCUGCUAGACACUGCGUCUAUAGUUAUAGCCACUGAAUCUCAAAUUUCGCUAGCAUCCACAUCAGUACACAAUGUGUAACAUAGCCGCUUAAGGAGUGCUUUCUAAACAGUGACUUAGCCUUACCAGGAGUACUAAAGCAGCUAUAUGCAUGGAGCAUAAAGUCAUCUCCUGCUUUACUCUUGCACCCGCCACAGUGGCUCUAUGGUUAUGGCAUACUUCUGACAGAGCCCAAGGUUGUGGGUUGGAUGCCUGUGGGUUCCUUCCGAGCGAAUGCAAGAGCACUGGUGUAUUGAGAUUUGGGUACACAUUAAACAUCCCCAUGUGAUUUAUUAGUGAACCUCCUUUUGCAGAGUGUCUCGUGGCCCAGAUUUAGUUUUGGGACAUUAUUGUUAGGCAAGUUACACUGUUAUUAGGUAAAUUUGGUUCAUUACAUUAGGUAAAUUACUGGUACAUGUCUGGUACAUGUCUGGUACAUGUCUGGGCUGUAUGGUACAUGACACACUGCAGCCAUAGUGGCAGCCAUGUUGCCAACUACUGUGGUCUCAUUGAUCCAUUUAGCUUGUAGCUUUAGCAUUUUGUGUGGUGGCUCAGUGGCUGUGGUAUUUGGAUGUUGAGCAUGGGGUUACAUGAUUGAACCUCGGCAGCAGCAGCUGCAUUAUGAGUAUGGCAUGCAAAAACGCUCGUGUACCUUGCUUUGGGUCUAUGUUAAAGAAUGCCUAAGCGAUUAAAAUUUAUCUGUAUCUCUCCACUGCAGGAUCUUCCAUAGCCACUGUUAUCUCCUUGGGAUGCCCUUUGUGAUCGAUGAGCUGGUCACUGAUGCCUUAGUGUUUUGCCAAGUCAUGGUGAGAUUGAAGCAUACACAUUCCAAAAUGCAAACAAACCCCAAUCCAGCCGAACCCAGUUGUAUGGCUUAUGCACGAAAUGUAGUUCGUUAUAUCAGAUAAUUUGAUGCACCAAAAUUCACCUAUAACGAAUUUUAGUAAACUUUUGUGAUGUGUUCAUUACGCACACAUUCAUGUUUCCCAGUGGAGAAAAGAAGCAAGGAACGAAUUCAAUUUAUUGACAGCAAAACUACCCUUAGUCUGCUGUGCCAAGCACCGGACCAAGCUGGGUCAUCAUGAGGAAAAAUGUUUGUGAGGGCUUCUUAUAGACUUAUGACAUCUCACAUGUAUGCCUGAAAAAGAAAAAAGCAAAAAAAACGAGAGAAAGAAAUGGACGACAGCUCUCCCAAAACACUGCGUUUGCGCCAAGCCAGCAACAUUAUGGUGCUGGCAGCGGAUUCGCCAAGUUUGUUAUAUCCAAUGUCUAGUUUGUUAUGAGGAAGUUAUUUCACAUCAGUGUUGUUCAGUUAGUUGAGUGAGUGCAACAUGCAGAAUACUUCAUUUUACCCAAGUUCUUUAUACUGUGGUUCGACUGGGCUCGAUUUUCUUAUGGCACCUAAUGCUUCUAGAUUGUGCUACCAGACUUGUUAUGCAAACCCUAUUUAUACCCAAGACUUGAUGCAUUACCUUUAUUGACCUGAUGCGAUAAGCCAAUGUUACUUGCUGUUGUGAAUAACUUCUUCUUGGGUGAGUUGGUGUUUACUUAACAUGUUGCUUUCUAGAGUAAAAAACUCGAAGAAAAGAAGACAGCGAGAGGCGAAAGGAAAAGAAAGACAAGCGCUACUUACGACUGUUUAUUCCGGAAAACAGAGCAUCCCGUAUAUACACAAAAAUGCACAUGCGCAAAUGCAUAAAACAAGCAAAGGACAUCAGUCAGCGGAAGGCAUUGUUAUCCAUUUUAUAUGCCAAGCAAUCUGAAUUCUGAAUCGUAAAGCAUAACAGAAUUUUGACUCACGCAAGCCAGACCGAUGCUAUGGAUAUGGAAGGCUUCCAACAGUUCACGUGUGAUUUUGUUUUUGCUUCUGCCUAGGAUCCUGACAUCAAAAAACAGUGGGUCACAGUCGGGACAAGACCUACGAUGCGCAGACAGGUGUGCAGUCGUAUCUUUCUUUAAAAUAUUUACGUGCUCUCUUAUUCGGUCGUUGAUGCAACGUGCAGUUUGCCCAAUGUAGCACUUGCCACAGCUGAGUGGCGUCAGGUAAAGCACUCCUGUGGAGCAAUGCACGUAACGCUUAAUGUGCUGUACUGUACACCUGUUCGUAGCGCCACCCGUGAUUUGGGGGCAGAGACUGGCCAGCUUGUUUGGGGCGGAGAUGACCACAGGUACUCCAUACCUGUUCGUCACUUUCUUGAGAUUGUGGCUAACCCUGUGAAGGUACGGGACGCUCUGUUUUUUGGAAUAAACAGUUGUAAGUAGCGCUCAUCUUUCCUUUCCGUUCACCUCUCACUGUCUUCUUUUUUUCAAGUUUCUUGCGCUAAAAAGCAACAUUUUGCUGCUGUGACUCUGUGCUUUGAAUACUUGCAUCCUAUACCAACCUCAGGUCAGUGGCACCUUAUUUAUGCCUCCGGAUGCUUCAUUUUCAUCAGGUAACAUUCCAAAAGUUUUCAGCUAUGUUAAGGAAACUGCGUGUAGUCUUAGUAAAUGCUUGAUGCCCCUGAGCCCUUUAAUCACCUUGGGAGCAAUUCCCUAGGCCAUUAACUUAUUUUUGAAUUAUUGGUGUGUAACGAGUACUUCAGUUUAGAAACUUGCUGCAUAUUCAUUCAGUAGCUGGAGUUUAGAGGCGGAACUGCCUUUGCAGUCUCACUCUUAAAGACUGAAUUUUGCUGUAGCAUUUAUAAUUUUUUUUUCUGUCGGAACACUCAAUCACACAUGGAUGAUUCUUUAGACAGAAACUAUGCGAGACACUGUUUUUGUUUGCUUGAGUAUCAUUGACCAACAGACUUUUGACUGAUAUCUAUAUAUGCGAGCAUCCUGAGCAUAUGCCGAUUUUGCCGUGGCAGCAUAUGCUCGAAAUAUAUAGGAUAAAGUCGCAGUGCAGGAAAGUUAAUGUAUAUUCAUCUUUUGUGUUGAAGUUCGCACAAAACAUGACGUACGACGGUCUGUAAGUUUGAGUCUAAAGGUGUUUACAAGCUAUGCGAUCAAAUGUUUUAAGGCCAUGUACCACAAAAGCGACAGAAUAUCUAAGAAAAAUAGUUGUAAGCACAGGACAGAUUCAGUCCAAACUGACGUAUACUUGCUGUGUGGCUUGUCUGAUAGGCAUGCACUGCACACUUGUAAUGCAAAGUGAACUUCAAUUCUUGACAUGUAGAACAAGCAACGUUGAUUUUAUGUGCCGUCACACUGAUGUUUGGCACCAUAAGCCUGGGACAACGUAACGACUCUAUUCCAAUUCUAUUCCAAUUCUAUUCCAAUUCUGUUCCAAUUUUAUUCCUUUUCACACUGGUCAGAGCUGUGCUCCACCCGCAUUAUCGACGAGAUCAGCUGGUUGUGAACGGUGUGUGAUAAGAAAGAAAAUAGAAAUGUGCAGAGUUGCUACAUUACAUCACGUCAUGCUUUUCUCUGGCACUGCAUAAGCUUAUGGUACAUGACUGAUAGGCUUAAAUUGAAGGAAGCAGCUUUGAUAGCAGUGAUUUGAAUGCGCUUGCAGUAAGGACAUAGAUGUGUGCCAGAUUUAAUGAAAGGCACCUUCCAACCAUGUAACGUUCGAUGAAAUAGCAGUACGCUCGACUGCAAGUUGUCGGCAUGUAGCACUUUAGUAUGGUAAAUAUCACGUGCAGCUUUUAGUGGGAUGAGCAGGCCUCAGUUUGUACGAUGCUGCAGUUUCCUUUGUUUCUUUCACACCAACUGCUUUGGUGACUUAGUAGCUGCAGUGUGCUGCUGUGGACCAUGAAUUUGCAGGUUUGAUUCCCAGCCAUGGCAGCCACAUACAGUUUUUGACAUGGUACAAAAAAAAAAUGCCCAUUUAAAUUAUAGUAGGCGGUCAUUACUAAACCAGCAGCGGUACUCUUUUGCGAUCACUUUCACAAAAUUUCAUGUCACUCGGCAGCAGAUGUGUUGGCAUCUAUACAACCAUCAGCGCUUCUUGGACAUUGCCGGGAACCCAUACAUGUUCAGUGCCGAGUCUUGCAAAAUACGAUGAAGAUGCUCAUAUCCUAAAUUAUUAUAAUUCAAAAGUACCGCCUCAGCAUUCCUCGCUGUGAAGUCCCUUGCAGAACAGGCAUUACUUCAGGACAUUUCAUUAAACCAACUUGUCUCUUGUUUUCUGUUGCGCUAAUCCAGCAGCAAUUUAUGAACUAUCAGAGACGCAGUGUUCAGUUAAUAUAGCCGCCAAAUAAACCUAAUGGACACUGAAAGCCAACACUGAAGGCUAUAAUUGUCUGUUGGCUUGGCCAGUUACUGAGCAAGCUGGUCACUAAUUUCUGAAAAAAAAGUAGGGCUUCUAUUAAAGCCACAGGAGGCAAGGGAACAUGGCUAUCCUAUCUUCUCCUGUGCCCUUUCCUGAAGCGCACAUACAUGUGAAUAAUUUUAUUGUUCAAGUUUGUUCUUAAGCCUUCUAAGGUGUUGCGGGUCGUGCUCGGGCAUUUAAUUGUACGUAUAAUGAAAAAGUCUGUGAGUGAUAGGCCUAGGCCAACUUUGAUGGCUUUGCAUAUGGUGAACGGGUAUUUGUUUAGUGCAGAAGUGCAGAAGUGUGGAAUUAUGUUUUAUGUGUAAAAUCUUCCAAUAGUUCCCCGUCAGAACAUGGUACACAACUCAUGUCACUAGCAUGCUGUUGAAUCAGUGAGGAAGAUUUCAUGUGGAAAAUGGUUUCACGCAUGCCGUUUCUGUGGAAUCUGUUUCUCUGCCAUCUGAACAGUACAGCUAAGUGAACAAUUGCUAGCCAUUCAUCUGCUAUGUGCAAUCGACUGAUUCUUUAACAGUACUGUGCGAGCGUAUACCGGUCAACGCCUCAACUGUGCGAAGCAACGAGGUCAGCAAGAGCGAGCAUGCGCGCAAGAGCACUGCCACUCGAAGUGCACGCUUUGUCUGCUAGGCUCUUCCCACAGGCAUGAAACCGCCCCUGUCAUGAUUAACUCAGGGGAAACUUCUCUGUUUAUUGAAGACAGCAAGCGUACGGGAACCUGGAUGUGUUUUUUUAAACAUAUGCCGCCGUAGUCCAGAUGCACCAUAAGAGAAAGAACAAGGUUUGCAAAAAAAUAUAAUACAGUUGCAUUGCUGCUUUGCACAUUUUGUUAUUUUCACAUUAUUAUCCUGUGCAUUUGCACUAGAGAAGCACAGGCUAAAAAAAAGAAGGAAUAAAAAAGUCGCAAGCAAGGGGCACACGCUUUUGCUAUCUCCAAUAAGCCGGGAAGCUUGCACCGAAUUAUUCAUGCGAUGGGCUGUGUCGUGCUGGUAGGAAGAGCCCAGCAGAUGAAACUUGCGCUUCAAGUGAACUUAGUGUCGCUCAAAGCGCCACUCUUGGCUCUUAGCUCUUAUCUUGUCGCUUCGCGUCGUUAGAAGACCCUGUCUGGUUGGCCAGUCAACACUCGCGCUGUACGGUUGAAGAAUCAGUUGACUGUGCCUUUCUUUUCCUUUCCUCAACCUUAUGCCUCAAAUGCUAGUUGAAUUAACUGACUUUGCAGUUUCCUUAAGUCCGAUUCAUUUUCUUCCAUAACUAAUUUACCAUGGCUUUCUCAACACUUUUCUGUCAGUAUCUGCAAUGAAACAAACAUCUCUGCUUGCCCAUAUUUGAAUACUCAGGGCUCCUUUAGUGUACCUAGCCUGUAUUGCUUCGAGGCACCCUAAAGAUUUCUGAUCAGGCGUCGCCUAGCUUCAUCAAUUGCCCAGUCGUGUCUGAGUUGUGCUAUUUUUUUUUCACCUGUGUUGCCACACAGUAUAAUGUCAUGCCAUGUGGCAGUAGUAUAGUCGGGUGUAAUUUUGAGCUUGUCUAACUUGAGAUGUGGUGGGCAACUUAAGUACUGUCUAAUUUUAUUUAAAACAUUUACUGCUGAUUCAAGAAAAAGGUCCUAAUGUGAAUGUUCUGCUGUGGCCAAUUUUGUUAAAAUUCAAAGCCUGGAUAUGGGCGCUACAUUCACCAGGCAUGCAGAAGUCAAAAUUCUUUGUAACCUGAAGGCUGUACAGUGCAAUUGUGAGUACGUACUAGUAUUGUUAUAGGCAGUCUAUGUCGCUGUCAUUCUUUCCCCGAGUUAUUUCUAAACAGUUGCGUUAUCUAAUCAUCAGUGGGAAAGCUUCAGUGUGCAAUAUAUAGUCUGCUUUAAAUGUUGUGUUUAUUUUGUUUUGUGAUGUUCUUGUUGUUGUGCACUGUCCUGUACCUGUAUGUCCACCUUAAUGGACUGUUGAAGAUGUUGCCAAAUGCCAAGUUCCUACCAUGUUUGUGUUGCACAUAGACCUUUCUGCAUUAUUCUGUACACAAAUUUUGCAUAUGUAAGUGUUUGUGCAUGGCAAAGGCAGCGACAUGUCAGUGUACUUGUGGAUGAACUGUGGAUUCUAGCCACGUCUCUGCAACAUAGAUUGAUGAGGGAGAUCUUAUUUUGAGUAUUCUAGACUGUCUCAUCUGUGGUAAAGUUUACUUGCAUACAGUUGUGGACAACAUUUUCUGGCUAUAAAGACAAACUGCAGAACCAAAGUUCAUCCAUCCUGCUGCUGCUGCUAAGAAAAGCUCUGCAAUUUUAUUUACUCUUCCAAUAUGAGGAACUCAAAACAUAAUUGCUUUACUCACCACAGCAUGCAAUGUUGAAAUAUGGAGAGAGAUUUAGUAUUUACGAGUUGGUAAGACAUUUUAUUUAAUUGUUUAGCUUUGCUCUUGUGAGUUCUGUCACAUGUGAGACUUUCACACAUUUUAUGCAUCCUCUAAAACCAAAAUGGCAUCCACUUCACCUGGCAGCCGUCCUUCAUCUGUUGGCCUGCCAGCCAACUCAAUAUUGUCUCUGAGACAUGUGAAGAGUUUCUGUAACAAAUGUUGGACAUGACGGGGGAAACAAAUGGUGUGCAACAUUUAUGCUGAUUUAAUGGUGGCUGUCUUUUACCAAAGUAAGCAAACCACACAAAAUUGGAGACAUCGAAGGUGGCAACCAUGUCACCCAAACUAAUUUGCACAGCAAUUAAUGUGCAGAACCACCACCUCCAAAGCUUCAUCAACACAGCCUUCAUGGCCAGGAAAGGGUUGUCCGUGAGAACGGCUGUAAUGAUUAUAUCUAGCAUUAUUAGAUUAUUACUAUUGUGUUAGUUGUAAUGUAAUUCAUGCUGUAACAACCUGUUGGUGUUACUGGGAAUCUGCCUUACUGCUCUGGCUGCAUUACUGUUAUAACUGAGGCAGAAAUGGGGAAUGCUGAACAACUUAAUGUGUGAAAAAUGUGCACUUUAGAGGAGCUCUUGUUUGCACAUGUGUAGUCUUCAGUGCUCAUCAUAGCAGACUACUGGUGCCACAAGAAAAUGUUGCAUGUGCAUUAUGUAAUAUUGCACAUUUUGUACAGCAUAGGGUCAAAAUGUGUGCAGAACAAAAUGAUAAGAGUGUGUGGUUGUAGCAGUGUGUGGCCGCAGUCAAACUGUCAGCCAGAGUAGCAAGGGGAACACCCCAGAACUGGCCCUUUUCACAGCGGCACUUGAACAAGUUAGUUUUAUACUUGGCUCAAUCAAAACUCUGGUAGGCUUUGUCUAGCCAGGCUUUUAGUUCCUGUCUAGCAGAAUGAGCUUCAAGGUCAAGGUCAAGCAUUGUUUUCAUAUGCACAGCAUUCCACUGUAACUGGGCCCAGCCAUAUUGGCAAGUUUCAGCCAGUUAUUUUUAUAUGGUUGUUGUUGAAGGAUUUGAUUCUCUGUUGGCUGCAGCUGUCAUUCUUGAUGGAAUAGAAUGGUGAUGCAAAACACCCACGCUGUGGAGCUGUGUUGACAUGAUGUGGCAAACGUUUCAAAAGCUUGAGAGCUGUUGCACUGUUUAUCUUGGCACGGAAAAUUGUGUUGCGGGUUUACACCAUUUGCAGCAUGUUAUCAUUAAUGCUUGAAACUAAGAUCUGUUUGUUUCUGGGUUAUCUUCAGGCUGUAUUGUGAUUAAGUAUUGCUGCCUGAGAUUUUGUCAUUUGAAUAAUCUAGCAUCGUGCAGCUCAACUUUUGUGGAACCUUCUCCUCUCAAUUAAGGCAUGCCAUAUGUUUAAAUGCACAACCGUCGCAGUUCCUAGUGUGCUUUCUUUUUCUCUCGUUAUGCAUCAUUACUCGGAGAUUUUACUAAGAGUGUUUAUUCGUAAGAAAGCUUACCUUAUUUUUUGCUUAAGCCAGCUUUUUUUUUAUAAAGAAUGAGAAUGCUCCUUGUACCCCAUGUGGUAUUCAUUGUUUUCUGUUGUGCCGCUGUUUAAGUUGCUCCACGUCAAACUGGUGGGAAAAUGUGUUAUGUAGUGUAGUCGGUAUUUUAGUUGAAUAAUAUUUGACUUUGGAAGUUGUGUGUUGUAAAAAUUGUCGUAACCUAGCUCUGUGUUUGAUACAUAAGAGGCCCAAUUAUUUAAUCUAAAGAUGUUAUGACAUCACAAAAAUGAAUUGCAUAAGUAAAACUUGCUCGCUUUUAGGAUACUGCACUGUGGACCACUUGACAAAGCAACAUGUACUUCUUGCUUAUGGGGCUUAUGUUUUUGUCACACGCACAUGUUUGCCUGGAACUACCAGUAGAUGUGCACAUCACCAUGACAUAAUUUGGCAGUGCUUAGAUGUGCAACUGGCAUUGUCAAAGUAAGCGCAUGUAGCUUUUCGCUGAAUUAACACCAAGAGAGUGACUGUGUAAUGUUGAAUCUACAGCCUCGUUGAAGAAGCCGGAGCAUAUUUUCGUACAUGCUUUUUCGAUGGGUCAAAAUCCUGUACUCAAAGUACAACCAUUUCAUGACCAAUGUUGCUAUGGCAAUCAUAUAUUAAUAUGAUUUUGUCUUUUAGUCUGACAUUAGCAUGUAUUUCGUGAUAUUUACCACAUUCUCAUGUCUUUUAUCAUGUUGUCUACUUUACAAGUAAUUGUUGCAUGCAGACCCCACUUAUUUUACUUUGUAAAUAGCUUAGAAUUGCAUGGUAACGCACCUUAUUGUUACUUAUAACUCCAUCUUCAUUUUUUGUCAUGCUUUUAACUUCUAUGAUAAAGAUGAAAGUGAAAAGAGAAACUUUCGUGUUUUUGUUUUUCUCUUUGGUAAGCUGUAAAGAGAUUUGGCAUGCUAUUUUUAUUAUUUAUAAAAAAUGUGUUUUGCAAGCGCAUGCUGUCAGAUGCUGCUGGAGCUACGUGCACAUCUUGACGCAUUGCUUAAUAUUUUGUAAGUGCACGCACCCUACAAUUUUGAUGCACUUGUAUUCUAGUAUUAUGUUACAGGCUGCUGUUACAUGUCUAUGCUUACUGAGUGGAAGUUUUCUUUUUUCAUCAGUUAUGACAGCAUAAAUGCCAGUAGUACUGUAAUGGUUGUGCGGUAAGCCCACGAUGCAGACAUUUACGGUGUCUUACCGUUUAUGACUAUUUAUGCAUCACUUCUAAGUACGCAGAUUAUUUCUGGCUGGGCACCCAUUGGAAGAAAUUUUUAAGAGUAAUGUCUGUAGUUCUGUAAAGGAUAAUUCUGUAAGAAAUUUGCACUAGGGUAAUUUAACCAUAUAUAUGGACCCUUUAGCACUCCAUUAUUUAUGAAGAGACAGAGAAGGGCAUGACAGACAUAAUGGCAGUGCUAGAACAUGGUUAGAAGCCUGAAAACGCACAUGUUACCUAGUGUGGCCAUGCACAGAAGCUGCAUUUUGUCACCUGUUCACCUAUUGAUGGUGUAAAGUUGAGUUCAGUACACAUCUAUGCUUUGAAAGGAGCAUUAUGGCUCCACAAAUUUGCUCUUUAUAGCAGCUGUAGUGCUAGAACAAACAGUACGACUGGAAUAGAUCUGUUUAGCAUGAUACUGCCUCCUGGCAACAUUAGUAGAGCAGUUGUUAGCUGUGGCAGACUGUUUUAUAACUCUAGUGGAUCAAGAGCUGGUGGGGUUUGAGAAGUAGCGCAAUAGAGUAUUCCAACCCUAUGUUAUAACAUGCUUUUUUGUCAGCACUGCUGCUAAUUGGCCAGCAUGUAACACAGGAAAAAAAGGUAACCCACAGCACACGGGCGUUACUGGUGGUGCAAGUUAUCGUGCAACAUUUAAAGCAAAGCACCGCUGUCAAGUUAAGAUGUUUAUAGUGAACCCACACACCCUGACCAAAGGUAUUUAUGCAGUACGCUGGCCAAAUAGGAACAUACUUUAGUUGAGGGAGCAAGUAUAUAUAGCCUUUCCUACUGUAAAACUGCCAAAUCCUCUCAAGCUGUUCCUUUCAGGGCCUCAACUUGGGCAAAGUGCUAGAUGUGUAGUAUAUUGCAUCAACAAGUGCGAGAAAACAUCAAUGUUGAAAAGACUAUUUAAGGAUGCUUUGCCUGGCAUACAUGCUUACAGCCCCUUGCAUGUUAAAAGGUUGCUUUCUCAUUGUGAUGUAUAAAGUGAACCGGUUCACUUAUAUCAAUCAUCAAAUCCAGAUAACUGGACACAUCUUUAUAUUAAAUUUUUGUGUCCUAAGGUAAGGAAAAUGCAGAACAAGGUGGCAGGGAUUGGAUGUUGAGAUUGGGAUAUUUGCUGGCAUUGGGUGAAUUCAGUUGUUGCACAGCAGAAGUAAGUGGAAAACUUGGGGAGAGGUCCUUGUGGCUGCAGCGAAUGUAAUCAUUCUGAGAAUGAUGGUGAUGUUUAAGGCCGCACAAUGGAUGGUUCUGCAGUAACAGUCCUUGUCCCAGUGUAGCAGUAUCGCUGCCAGGAUAACAUUGUAGUAUUGGAACUGGCCUGUUGUGGUACCGACAGUCCCAGGAACGGCAGGUUAAUGCAGUGCUGCUUGGGCCAAUAUCUUGAGGUGUUCUAAUCAUGUGCUGAUAUUGUGCAGUGUUCAUCAUAUUCAUCAGCCAAUCUCUGGCCACUUGUCGUGCCACCACAGUAUAUUCUAGGUCAGUCAACCAAAGGACCUUGCAUUGUUUUCCGGCAUAAUGAAUACAUCAACUCAAACGUUCAAGCCAGGUGGGCGAAAUGAAUAGAAUAAUUUUGCAUUCCAUAUGGAGUACUUCGUUUUCGGAAAAAUGGCUGUUAAAACAUAAGGUGUGCUUUAAUGUUGUGGGAUGUUUCACACUAAUGUGGUAAUGCUGUUGUUGAAGUAAUGGGUGCAUGACCAGCUGCUAAAGUACAUUCUUGUCUUGCUUCAGCGCAACUCAGUUUGAGUAUGAAGGGACAGGGACAGGUGACAGGAUGAGCACUCAUCCUGUCACCUGUCCCUGUGUCUUCAUACUCAAACUGAGUUGCGCUAAAGUGGGACAAGAAUAUGAUGCACCAACUCACCCAUUCAGCAAUACUUGUUAAAGUAUAGCUCGUUAUGUUCAGAACGAAGGGUACGGUGGCAUUGGCUGUCGGUAGAGUGCUUAGAUAAGAGCACAGCGCUGUGAAGGAACAGUUGCUGUUGCAAGACUGCUGUACUUCUGAUGAUCGAGUUUUCUUUUAAAUGGUUAGUAGUCAAAGAGUCUUGUGGCCAAGGAAUGUGUAUUGACAGCUUAUCUGUAGCAUCUAUGCAUUCUUUGUAGAAGAAUGUUUCCAUUCACUUUGCUGUCAUUAAUAGCCUUUAUGGAAAAAAACUAGUCGAUAUUACACUGAUAACAUUGUCUUACUAUAUUGAGUAUCUUUAUCUUAAAACUAAGGAAGCUUAAUUGGGACGUGCAAAUCGUGAUUUGGGGGUUCUUGGCAGUAGGAAAUGGUUGUAAGAAACAACCUUCGGCAAUUUUAGGAGGGAGCUGAUAGUAGCAUGUGCUAGCUACAGACUACAGGAAAGAAGUAACGAUUACAAUUACAAUUACGUCUUUCAAAAAUGUAAUCGAUUACAUUUACAAGUUACUGUUCCAUGGAAGCAUUUGAUUCAUUACUAAAAUGUAAUUGAUUGCUUCAACUUUACUUUUCUCCCUUCUUUUAUUAAAAUUGCACAAAUACAGUAAAUAGAAUGAGCUGGCUUGGCUAUUUUAUUGCAUUCACUGCAGCCUUUCACGCAUUGUUUAUUCUCAUUAAGGGUAGCCUUUCAAAAUUUUCUUCGGUAAUCUUCCCUUGUUUUCUUGUGAUGACAGUGAUACGGAAAACUCGCUCGAUGUACAUGCUGGAGAGAAGGGCUGUGUUGUAGCAUAUGGUCACCUUGCUCACAAGACGGUGGCUACUCAUUGUUGUAAUGCUAGUAUCUGGGUCCUGUAUGAAUUGCAGCACUUCACUGUUACUGGGGUUAGGGAAAGGCACACCCAAUGGGACCAGUGAGAAACUGAAAAAUUAUCCAUAGCUGAUUCCCUGGCAUCGGUGCUUGAAGGGAGCCAUUGCUGCAUAGAAGUGCCAUUUGACUUUGUCGGCCGACACCUGGUAAACUUCCACUUGGCAUCCUUCAUUCUUUUGCCAUUUAGACUUAAAAGCCUAGGUAAUUGUAAUCAAUGCCUACAAACAUUCAUGUUCCUUGAAAAGUUGGCCAAAUCUGUAAUGGAAUUUAAUAUAAUGCUGCAUAUUAUCCAGUCCUAAGAUAUUGUGUGUGUCACAAUCACAGGAAUAAGCAUAUAUGAGUCAUGUAUAUAUAUCAAAGAUAUAGAAACAUGUGCAGAAAUCGUGGACUGCACUAAGGGAAAAAGAAUUGAGCAGCAGGUCUUGCUGAUCUGUGAAGACCACUUAAAAGUAAUUCCACGACAGAGGAAACGACAGAUUUAUAAGAGAAAAAGUCAAGUCGGACUUCCAAGAGGGAUCUGCAAAUCUGCUAGCCUGACAGGCUCAUGUGAUCGAGACGAAGCUACAGUAUGGUGAUUAUGGAAGGGAGAUAGCCCAUGUACAUGUUUUCAUUCAUUUAAUCACCGUAGUUUCCAGAAAAUUCAUGUGCUCAAAGCUGUGUCACCUGUUCUAGCUUGUUCUGUCAAAAAUGUAACUGGUUACAUUUGAUUGGUUACAGAAAAAGAAGUAUUUAAAUUACAGUAAGCAUCACCAUGGGAACAAAGUAAUUGUUAAGAUGUUAUUGAUUGCAAGUAAUUAAUUACACAUAAUUUGUUACACACAACUCUGGAUAGAUAUGAUAACAGUAAACAAGAGCUCAAGUUUCUUCUGUGGUAAAAAUGCAAAGGCAUAUGGUGAAAUUUCAUAUGUGAAGAAUAACACUGAUUGUGUAUAGUGAAGCGGUAUAUAUGAAGCCUCAAUAAUUAGCUCCUUGACUAUCGGAAUUUUCGGAAAAUAUUUGAUUAUAUAACACUUUCAGAAUGAUGAUGUGAGCUUCCUAUUUGAAUGCCUCGUACAUUAUUAUGCCUGGUCUUUAUAGUAACUUCAAUGCCAUGCCUUUGCCGCCACAGUUCAGCCACACUUAUUGCGGCAGGCAGCGUUGAACUUUUCUUCCAAAACUAGGAGGAGCUGUCAUGGUUUCAGCAUCAUCUCUAAUAUAUGCGCAUUUCUGCGGUUUUGGCAUUAAAACUAUUAUAAACACUUAUCACGUAUCUUUCAGGUCUGCUUACUAAUGUGAUGAACAAUCACUGGUGCACUGAUAAAUUGAUAAUGUGUAAGUGAACUUGAGUGCAGCGCGUGGAUUCAUGUUGAGGGAAGUUAAAUGUGUGUUGGUUGUAUAAGCCCAAGUUUGCAAGCAUACCAUAAAUAUGAAUGGAAAGCAAAGCUUGUGUAAGGUCAGAAACUGAAAGGGAGAGCUAGGAAAUAAAAGUGCAGAUUAAAUUAGAAAACAGGAACAUACAGUCUUCAUCAGAUGUUCUAAAGCAACUUAGCAAGUGACAUCUGUUACUAGCAUGCCCUCUUGCAUGCCCAGAGCUCCCUAGUGUUCCCUAGAAUGGGGAGCAGUUUCUCUCGAUCUCCGGGAUUUCGGUGCAACAGAAGUUCUACAAGGGACCUCAGUUUGCAGCACAAUGUCAGGUCUGGUCAUGCACACAGCAGCAUAAAAAGCUUUGAGAAGAACAGUAUGUUGUGUGUUUAUAUACAUAUAUAUAUACAAAUUUAUGGAAUUCCCUUACAUAUGCACAAUUUUGAUUUGUACAUAUACGAACAAAGCAUAUAGUAAAAGUAUAUUGCAAGUUGUAUCCUGUGGAGAAGUUCUAACGAAGUUAUCUAGAAUUGUUGUGAAAAUUGUCUGUGUGGCUUGCAUUUGUUGCCAAGUUUGAGAGCUGUGAACUUUAAAUCCUGUAGAAAUUUCAUUGCAACCCCAUUGAGAAUUCCUGCAUUAAGGCAGCUUGUCAUGCCCCGAUUUUCGUUCAUAGUUGCUGCAUGUGCACUUGUGUCUGUGGUUGCUCACGCCAUUUGCGACGUACUGCAUUGCUUUCUUCCUAGCUUGUACAUGUGCUAACUUUUAUUUCUGAGGCUCUGAUAUUGUUGAAAACCCACCCUGUGUUUGCUGCAGGUUUGUUCUAGAGUUGGCUUGCAGGAAUGAACAUGAUAGCUAUGUGGUUAGUAGUUGCAAGACUGUAUGAAAAUCAGAGGCACCGCAUUUGCAUAUGCUUACAAAAUUAAUUUUAACUGUCAAGUCUUUCUUUAUGGAGUCAAUUGGAACUCAUUCGGUAUUGAAUAUACAUUGAAUACUUUUUGGUAUGAAGUCAGAUGUACUUCUACAGGUCUCAUUCAAUAGAGUCAAUUAAAUUUCGUACAAAUAAAUUUCAAUUCACCUUUGUAUGGAGCAUGUAAAAGACUACCAAUGGUCUGCAUGCACCAGCGCCAUCUUUGCACUAUCUUAAUUGUUCGGAUCCGCAAACUAGCAGUUCUCCUAAGCAGGGUGUCUUUUUUUUUUAUCUGCACCACAUUUUUUAAAUAUGCCUAUGGCAGAUAGCACAGUUCUAACCCUUGAUCUAAAUUACUCAAUCAGGCGGCCAUUACUUCUAUGGGAAAUCAAAAUGUUCAGUUUAAUAAUAAUGUAAUUACACGAAUUACCUUUUUAAUUAAUUACUUCAUGGCACAUAUUUCAAUCUACGAAUUAUGCCGCUGAGUUCGCACGUCAAAUCCACUUGAAACAAAUUUGGACAGCACCGGUUCCGUGACAUUAAUUUUUAAAGUGUCCUACGAAAAGCACUUCUGUGCUUCGAUGCAUUAAACAGCAAUUUCUUAAAGAGUAACUGGAACACCAAUGCAUUGCGUCAGACACUUCGAAAGUUAACAUCUCGGGACUGGUGUUGUCUAGAGAAUUCGUUCCAUGUGGAUAUGCCCUGUGAACCCGGCAGCUAUAAUUUGUAGAUUGAAAUAUGUGUCAGAAACUAAUUAAUCAGAAAGUUAAUUAACAUAAUUAUGUUCAUUAUUCAGAGGAGCAUUUCGAUGUCUCCUAGAAGUAAUGGCUGCCUCAUCAAGCAGUUAGAUCAAGGGUUAGAAUUCUCCUAUCUGCCAUAGGCAAUAAUAAAAAAUUUGGUGCAGCUAAAAAAAGGCUGUGGCUUAGGUAAGGUUAAGCCCAGGAUGCGAAGCAUACUAGCCUUUAUUUUAGUUGUUGAACCACUGUUUAGCCUGGUGAACUGCUGUUGCUUGGCUAUAUUUGGUUCGGCUAGACGAAGAAACAACUCAUGCAUUACUUCUUCGCCUUCAAGAGUGGAACGCGACAGCGUUCCCGUCGACCCGCCAAGGGGUGUAAGACAAUGGGCUACAGGGCAGCGACUACGCGCCCCGCAUUGGACGCGGUGAGCGUCGAGCAAAACAGCGUUCGGCGCGGCAACGAAAUGUGCGCCUGAGCAAGAGACGCACGCCUUAGAAACAGCUCGUUUCUAAGGCAACACCGCAUUCACUAGAGGCGCUUUUGUACCGCUUUGAAGCAUCGUACUCGUGGCUCAGUGGUAGCGUCUCCGUCCUGCACUCCGGAGACCCUGGUUCGAUUCCCACCCAGCCCGUCUUGCAAGAGUUGAGCCAAAGCCACUUCUCCUCUGUCGUGACGUCACGGUGUCACGUGGUUUCAUGGCGACACCGCCGCGCCUGAGGAGCUGGGUUGAGCUCUCGUAAUAUGCUUCGCAUAAAAACAAAACACCAUGUAUGUGCACAAGGGUGCGGAGAUGUUGCCCGUGCUGUAACACAAUUUCAUUCCACAGGAAAUUAUUCAAAUAAUGCGUCGCUUUGUCUUUCUUUUCAUCAAACGGCAGACAAUUGUGUUCCAAAAUGCUGUAAAGUACAUUGUUAUAGAGGGCACAUAAGCUCACGGCUUGUGCUAUGGACAUGCUCCAGCUUCGCAUGCAGACAGAAGCGGUGUUAAUGCAUUGUGCUGGCUGUGCCAUUUAACAGCAGUGCUGCUGCAAAGCUGUAUGGUUUCAGACUAUCCUCAGAGAGCAAACCACUCCUACCAGACGUUUGAAUGUUUGCCCCAGCAAUUGUCUUGACUACAAAUUCUGGUUGGGCUUUUCAGAUGCAAAGGUCUGUAUUCCUGUCUCCCUUUCUUGUUGCUCACUUGCUGUUGGUUGGUUGUGUUUGUGCAGAAUGUACGGCUCACUGCCUCAUUAAAAUGCUGCUCUUGUUUGCUGACGAA